CUCUUCCGGUCGCCGGGCUCCUGAAACCGAAAGUGCUGUGGUUUGGGCGCCGCGCGGAGAUUGGUUCACCUUCCCCUGCGCGAGCCCGGGCAGACCCAGGUGGGAAGCCAGAAGAGCCGUGAGACAUGAACGGGAGAGUGGAUUAUUUGGUCACUGAGGAGGAAAUCAGUCUUACCAGAGGACCCUCGGGGCUGGGCUUCAACAUCGUCGGUGGCACAGAUCAGCAGUAUGUCUCCAACGACAGUGGCAUCUACGUCAGCCGCAUCAAAGAGAAUGGGGCUGCGGCCCUGGAUGGGCGGCUCCAGGAGGGUGAUAAGAUCCUCUCGGUAAAUGGCCAAGACCUAAGGAACUUGCUGCACCAGGAUGCUGUAGACCUUUUCCGUAAUGCAGGUUAUGCCGUGUCCCUAAGAGUACAACACAGGUUACAGGUGCAGAACGGGCCUAUAGGACAUCGAAGUGAAGGGGAGCCGAGUGGGAUCCCUAUAGCUCUGGUGCUGGUGCCAGUGUUUGCCCUCACCAUAGUAGCAGCCUGGGCCUUCAUGAGAUACCGGAAGCAACUAUGAAAAGUUUGCUCUCUUCCAGUGCUCCCAUUAGAAGACCCAUUUUCUUUCCCUCUCACCCUCAACCCCUGCCAUUCUCCAUAUCCUUCCCUCUUUCUGCGUAGUCAACAUGUCAUUGAAAGAGACUGCUACCCAAGCAGGACCUCACUGUCCAAAUCUCCACAUCCUCAUAUCUAAUGGGAGAGUGAAGGUAUUGUUUGAAAGAAGGCCGAAGAAAAGACAUGCUUAGAACAGAUGGGAAAUUACGUGUUUUGCUAGGAUUGCCAAUAGAAGUUCAGCUACAACCCAAAGAGGGAAAGGUCCAGUCUUCACGUCAGCACGGGUAAUAACUUUUUCUUCGCUGGCGUGCCUCAACGGCCAGCUGUGCGAUGCAGGAGAAGAGGGGAUUUUUCUUCUUAAUGAUCUUCCUUGGGAAGUUUUUGUGGCCUUUAUUUAAUUUCUAUCUACAUACUUGGGUGCCUAUAUCAAACACAGGAUAAUGAAAGCAUUUUUACUUUUGUAAAACACAUGUGCAUGUGUGCGCUUGCAUGCGCACGUGCACACAC